AUGCGCGGCUCGGCGCGGUCCUUGGCUGAGUUGGCGGCCCGGAUUUACCCCGACCUGUCGCAAAACAUUGACGACACAGAGUGGCUCGAAGAGCGGGCCAUCCUCACCGUGUUCAAUGCCGGCGUCAAAAGAAUCAAUGACCACGUCAUUGACCGUCCGCCGGGGCCGGGGCACGUGUACACGAGCGUAGACAGUAUGUCCGACCCUGACGCGGUGCCGCUGGCCACCGAGGUUCUUAACGGCAUCGAGCUUUCUGGCACGCCAGCACAUUGUAUCCGGCUCAAGGCCGGCGCUCCAGUCCUCCUCAUGCGUAAUCUCGACGCGCCCAGCUUGAUCAUCGGCACGCUGUGCGUGACGGUCGCAUUGUCCGCCGCCGUCCUGGAGCUGAAAAAUAUCACCGGUCCAGACCGCAGCCACGUGAUCGCUGCGCCGCGGAUUCCGAUCGAGUCUACCCCGGACUCUGGCCUGGUGUUCUCAUUCCGACGCCUGUAG